AUGGUGGGAAUGGACUUGCAAUGGCACAACCAGACGCGAUUAUUCCAAGCUGACGUGGCAGCCGAUGGCGAGGGGAUUGCGAAGCAAGAGGCGAAGGCGAGACCCGAGGGGACGACGGCGGAGAAGGCGGGGAGGAGAAGCUCGUCCCGACGCAGCAGGAAGGGACUCCGCGCUGGCGACGAGCUAUUGGCCGCGCGUAACGUUGAUGACGGCCGUGACGCGUCUGAGGGCCGUGAUGGUGACGAUAAUGGGGGUGAUGGAGCAGCAGCAGGAGCAGUAGCAGCAGUGGAAGCAGCAGCAGCGGCGGCGGCGGCAGGGGGUGAUAGUGAAACGGCAGCAGGGGAGAGCGAGAAUGAGACCCGUCGCCCCGUGCCGUCCAUCCACCCUCCUCGUCGCUCCUCCUCCCGUGCCUCAAGAACAGGCGGCAGCAGCAGCAGGGCAGGUGGCGGCAGCAGGGCAGGCGGCAGCAGGGCAGGCACGAGGCCGGGCCCGCCUGUGGCGCUGAACGUGCGUGACGACCGCGGGUGGACGAUGCUGCACAUCGCUAGCCACAUGGGCAACGUGCGCAUGGUGCGGCAGUUACUGGAGGAAGGGGAUGUGGCGGUGGACGAGCCAUCGCUGGGCCCGAAGUACGCGGGGGCGACGGCGCUGCACCUGGCGGCAGCAGCGGGGCACAUAGCCGUUAUGGACGCGCUGCUGGAGGGUGGAGCUAACAUCGAAGCACGCACCCGCGGUGCCUUUGGCUGGACCCCGCUGCACCACGCGGCACGGCACAACCGGCGGCGGGCAAUCCGCUUCCUUCUCGAGAGCGGGGCGUUCCUGGCGGAGGACAUGCAGGACCCGCGCUUCAACCCGCCGCUGCACUACUGCCGCAGCCUGCAGUAUGCCUACCAGCUGCAGCAGAGCAUGGGUGGGGGGAAUGGUGGUGGGGGGGGGAGUAGUAGUGGGGACGGUAGCGAAGCGGAGAGUGGGAGCGGCGUGGACGGAGGGGUGGAAGGAGAGGUGGUGGGGGAAGGUGGGGAGGUGGGGGAGGGACCGGUGCUGCAGCAGAGCAUGAGUAUGGGGAAUGGUGGUGGGGAGGGCAGUAGCAGUGGGGAUGGCAGCGAGUUGGAGAGUGGGAGCGGUGUGGAGGGAGGCGUGGUGGGGGAAGGUGGGGAGGAGGGAGAGGAGGCGGUGCCUGCAGUAUGCCUACCAGCUGCAGCAGAGCAUGGUCAGAGGGGCCAGUGGGGGGGGGUUAGUAGUGAGGACGGUAGCGAAGCGGAGAGUGGGAGCGGCUUGGACGGAGGGGUGGAAGGAGAGGUGGUGGGGGAAGGUGGGGAGGAGGGGGAGGGGGCAGUGCCUCCGCUUCUUCCUGGCAGAGGAGAGGACAUGCAGGACCCGUGGUUCAACCCGCCGCUGCACUACUGCCGCAGCCUGCAGUAUGCCUACCAGCUGCAGCAGACACUGGCAGGGGGAGAGAGCAGCAGCGGGGAAGGGAGCAGUGGGGACGGUAGUGAAGGUGGGAGUGGGAGUGUGGGGGGAGGGGUGGAAGGAGGGGUGGUGGGGGAAGGUGAGGAGGAGAGGGAGGAAGCGGAUGAAGAGCCGAACGUAGCCUGUCAACCAUAA